AUGCGCCAGUGGCUCAUCGACCACGGCUACCUCCGCUCGGACGCCCAGAAGACGCGCGACGACCUGAUCAAGCUCAUGCAGGAGAAAUACAACGAUGCGUCUUCCAAGACCGCGGAUUACUUGACGUGGCCCGACGCACGCCUGCGCGCAUACCUGCGCGAGAAUGGCGUGCCCGAGGCGUCCAUCCGUCCGGCGUCGCGUGAUAAGCUCCUGCAGGAGGUCCGCAUCCGGUGGUACCAGGCCGAGUGGCACGCGAGCUCGCUGUGGCGUAAGGUGAAGUCGUACUUCGAUUCGGGCGUCGAGGUCGCCGAGGACAAGCUUGGUAUGAUCCUCGAGAUAUUGAGCGGCGGCGCCGACGGUGCCAAGGAGGGCGCCAAGUCGGGUGCGUAUGAGUCGGCGGAGAAGCACCAGGAGACGUCGAAGGUCGAGUUGUAA